ACUGUUUUGUUACUAUGUUGUUUUUAUAAGAGUAUUAAUAAGAGUACUUGACAAAAGCCUUGACUUAAGGCGUGGAGUUUCAUGUUAUUUCCGCUCGAGUAAAAACUCAAAUUCCAUUCAAGCGCGUUUCUUCUUUCCUUUAUACUUCGUAGAAACUCGUGCGCGAGACAGACGGUCGGCGAGCUUACUUUCAGUGCGCAACAAUGUCGUGAUUUCUAAAAAAAAUAACGACAUGGCAUUAACUAUUUGGAUUUUCCUCAUUCUUCCAUAACACCACUUCUGAAUUAUUUGCGCUAUUGAUUAUCGUGAAUCAUCGUGUUGUUGGUUAUUUUUUUAUGAGCGUUUUGUGUUUCAUGUCAAACUGCAAUGAAAGUGCUUAGCUUUUUACUCAAGUGGACAUUGUUUGUGCUACUGAGUAUCUCCUUAUGUCUGGGUGAAGAAAGCCCCAAAUCAUCAAACAUUGUGAAUCCUUGUUGCUUUUACCCUUGUCAAAACUGGGGUGUGUGUGUUCGAUAUGGCCUGGACAGAUAUGAAUGUGACUGCACCAGAACCGGAUACUAUGGAGAAAAUUGUACUAUACCUGUGUUCUGGACAAGAGUCUAUCGGCUUUUGAAACCUAGUCCUAAUACUGUCCACUACAUCCUCACCCACUUUCAAUGGCUAUGGGACAUCAUCAACAAUACGGCUCUCAGGGAUUGGCUCUUGCAUAAAGUACUAACAGUAAGAUCCAACUUAAUUCCAAGUCCCCCAACGUACAAUUCUAGGUAUGACUACUUGAACUGGGAGGCAUAUUCCAACAUUACCUACUACACAAGAAUCCUGCCACCAGUUCCACAGGACUGCCCCACACCUAUGGGAACCAAAGGAAAAAUGAAGCUCCCAGACCCCAAACGUCUGGUAGAAAAGUUCAUGUUGAGACGGAAUUUCAGGCCAGACCCUCAGGGAUCAAAUUUAAUGUUUGCCUUUUUCGCUCAGCACUUCACUCACCAGUUCUUCAAGACUCACAACCGUUUGGGGCUAGGGUUCACUAAAGGUCUGGGUCACGGGGUGGAUGCUGGACACAUUUAUGGAGAUACUCUUGGUCGCCAGCUAGAUCUAAGACUUCACAAAGAUGGGAAACUGAAGUACCAGGUGAUAAAUGGUGAGAUAUACCCCCCCACAGUGUUAGACGCUCAGGUGAAAAUGAGUUACCCACCCUCUGUCCCUCCGGAGCAGCAGUUGGCCAUCGGGCAAGAAGUGUUUGGACUGCUGCCUGGUCUCAGUAUGUUUGCCAACUUGUGGCUGCGUGAACACAACCGUGUAUGUGACAUAUUGAAAAAAGAACAUCCAACAUGGGGAGAUGAGCAGCUGUUUCAGACUGCCAGACUCAUAAUUAUAGGUGAGACCAUUCGAAUUGUGAUCGAGGAAUAUGUCCAGCAUCUGAGUGGUUACCUACUGAAGCUCAAGUUUGAUCCCACGCUGCUGUUCACCUCACAGUUCCAGUACCAGAACCGCAUCGCUUUGGAGUUCAAUCAACUUUACCAUUGGCAUCCACUCAUGCCUGACAGCUUCCACAUUGAUGGAGAUGAGAUUCAGUACCAUCAGUUCCUAUUCAACACCUCUAUUCUCACUCAUUAUGGGGUAGAGAAAUUGGUUGAGGCAUUCUCCACCCAACCUGCAGGACAGAUUGGAGGUGGUCAUAAUAUUAAUGCAGUGGUGACCAAAGUAGCUGAGGGAGUUAUUAUAGAAUCAAGAGAGCUUCGUGUUCAGCCCUUCAAUGAGUACCGCAAGAGAUUCAAUCUGAAACCCUACACAUCAUUUUCAGAAUUUGCAGGAGAGGAGGAGAUGGCAAAAGAACUGGAAGAACUCUAUGGUGACAUUGAUGCCAUGGAGUUCUACCCAGCUCUGAUGCUGGAGAAGACACGACCUGGUGCGAUAUUUGGUGAAAGCAUGGUGGAAAUGGGAGCCCCAUUUUCCCUAAAAGGCCUCAUGGGAAAUCCCAUUUGCUCCCCUAACUACUGGAAACCCAGUACAUUUGGGGGUCAGACAGGUUUUGAUAUAGUUAACUCUGCCACUUUAAAGAGACUGGUUUGCUUCAAUACAAAGUGGUGUCCGUAUGUGUCUUUCCAUGUUCCUCCAUCAGAUUACAAACCACAGAGAAAUUCUCACAGUGAACUCUAGCAGAACGAGCUUUUAACAAAACAACUGUUUAUCAGAACUAGGUCAAGGAUUGUAGUGCUAGAAUCUAUUGUUUUAAUACAUCCAUCCAUCUUCUAUAGCCGCAGUCACGGGUUGUUUUAAUACACUGACUUCAAAUUUAAUUUACAGAUGCUUAAAGGGAUAGUUAAGUUAAAACAAGAAACAAUAUAUCUGUCAUCUUUUACCUACCCUCAAGUAGUUUCAAACUCAUAUGACUUUCUUUUUUUCCACUGUAAAACACAAAAGGAGAUAUUUUGAAGAAUGUUGCAAUCCCUGAUUUCUAUACAAUGUCAGUAAUAGUGACUCACUUUAAAGCUUAAGAAAGGACCCAAAAGUGCCACUAAAGUAGUAUGUCCAUCUUCUGAAGGUAGAUGAUAUAAUAUAAGUUAUUUUACAGUGAAAAUCAUGAAUUCCCCAAUAGCUCUUCUUUAAAAAAGAAAGUCAUAGAGGUUUGGAAUGACAUAAGGGUGAUUAAAAGACAACUAAAUUAGAAGUUUUGAAUUAACGGUCCUUUUAAUUUUAUUCCAAUAAAUAGAUAGAGCAAAUUUUCUUAUGAAUCAGAAAUGAAUAUGCAAUAAGAUUAAUUAUUUGUAACAAGGAGAUUAAAGGAAGCAUAUUUAUAAUAUUAGAAUAUUAUGAAUAGCAAUAAUAACAAUGAUGCCUUGUGAACGUUUUUCAGAAAUGUUAUGUAGUUUUGGCUCUUUAUUUAGAGAUCAACACAGAACAUUUUAUUAUAAUCAGAUCUUUCUCAUUGGACUUGUUAAAAGAUAAAUUGGCUCACAGGUUGUUGAUUCAGCACUCAAUAUAUUUUUGGGCAAUUGGUAUUCCUUUCAACCUUGGGCUUUGUUUAAAUAAUUAGUUUACACUAAACCAUGUUGCCAAAUAAACAUGUUUACCUUUAACUCCCAAAAAAAUAUUCCGUCCAUUUCUUGAUGGUGAAAAUAUUAAAUCAUAGGUUGCGGUUUAGUAUUUGCUGCCUCAGUGCUUACUGUCUUAUCACCUUUGAAUCAGUAAAUCAACUAUUAAAUGCACUGUUCAACUUGAAAUCAAUCACUGCAGUCAUUGUGUUGCAACUUCUGAUAUAUGUAACGGGACUGGUCGGUAUGGGGAAUGAGGAAGCGUGGUUCAGGUAUCUUUAAACUCUUUAUUCACACAAUAACACUCAAAUUCAUUGUCAAUACUCUAAUGCAUCGCACACCUGUGCAUCUCUCUCCCUGAGCUCUGGUGUGGGCUCCUCUUAUAUCUCUUCCUGGAUUACUGCAACAAGAAACAGCUGUUAGACCUAUUUGUCACCCAUGGGUGAAUACUUGCCGCUUCCCCUCUCCCUGGAUGGACACUCAACCAUGCCCUCGCCACAAUAUAUGAUUGGCCAGUUUGUCUUGGGUUUUUUGUUGUUGGUGUCACUGUUGUAAACAUUUGUGUUCCUUAAAUGAAUUAAUGUAGCCUGUAUUAUGUCUUUCCAAGUGAACGAUGAUGAUGAUGAUAUUAGCACUAUUUGUGGCACCAUUUCUAACAGAUUUACAUGCAUUUUGAACAAGUUUGUUAAAGGCAUAUAUUUACUAGUGUGUCUGAUCUUUGUAACAAACGGUUUACAAAACCUUUAUGGAAAAGUCAUGUUUUAUAAUAGCUAUGGAAGAAUGGAAUAUAAUGGUCUAUAAUGGAAAUUAAAUGAUCGUUAUCAACCUUUAUAACAUAAAAUGUGAAUUCAAACCGUUAUAAGGAUCUCUUUGAUAAAGUGUCAAUGCAUAACUCUUCAAAUAAAGGGCUUAUUG